AUGAGGAUAAGACCCGUGAGGACGGCCGACCGCGUUACUAAUCAACUUAGCUUAAGCUCUCAAUUGACUUUGGCAUCGAAGAAUCUUUCGCAGGUCUCCCACCCGCGGACUGAGAAGAAAAUCGAAGAGCGAGAACAGAGGAUCAGACUCCAAAAGGAAGAAGAUAGUGACGAUGGUGACACUGAGGAUGGAAAUCAACCCUUGGAAUUUGAUUCUGCCAGGAACUCUUUUACUCUGGCUCUCAAAGAUCUGAACAAUGCCAUUGGAAAUGGCAAUGUUUCUUCGCCUCGUUUGGGAUUAGGGGCCAUGAAGAAGAGCAUUUUUUGUUCUCGAAGGUUGGGUUCUUGCUCUGCCAAUUUUUCGAGUCUUGGAACGCCUAAUUAUCUUUACGCAUGUGCUGCUAUGCAAAAGGGUUGGUGUUCGGAGCGAGUUCCUUUGCAUACGAGUGCUGCCUGCAAGAAGGUUGGUUUUGCUUUGUUUCCUUUCAACAACAGGCAGACUUUGUCGUCCAAAUGGGAUGACGCAGUGACCGGCGGCGCUGGUGGCGCCUUGGCUCGCGGUGGCCAGGCUAGCUUAAGAGGCGAUUGA